AUGAACGCUCUGGAGGAUGUCCCGUUUCAGACUCCACUUGGUCCACUGGAGGAGGAAGCACAGCUUGUGACAGCUCCACACAUCGCUGUACCAGACUGCCAGCAGAUACUACGACACACUGAGUAUGGAUUCACCUUGGAGAAAUGGAUCUUAACUGGGCAGCAGCCAGUCUGUCAGGCCCCAUCCUGCCCCCCUUACUGGCUGAUGUUCAGCAGCCCUCAGGAGAGCCGCAGUCGCAGAGACACACAGGCGCAGAGCCCCCGGCCCCGCAGUCACAGCCUGAACUCUGCAGAAACUCGCUGGCUACACCCUCGCACUGUCAAGUUCCUCAUAUUUGACUCUGAGGAUGAAGAUGGUUACCACGAGGAUAAUGAAGCCUCCUCCCCUGAUGAUGCACUUUGCUCUAUCAAGAACAGAGAGCGGCCUCGGAGCGCUGCACCCAGAGACCCGCUGUCCAGAGUCAAAGACAUGCACCUUGGUCCUUCCCCUCAGCACUGUAAGCCUGUCUCACCUCAGAGCCUCAGAAGGCACAGAACCUCUUUGCCUUCUUGCCAAGACUGCAGACAACCUCUGCAAGCACUUGAGCAGCACAGGUCACAGCAGGCCAGCCCCCUCCACAACAUGCAGAAGAACAGCAAAAAGAAGCAGCGCUCACUCGUCUCUGUGGCCAGGAAGUACUCCCAGAACACACAACCUGCUCCCUCUCCACCCAGACUGCAGAAGCAACGACCCUCCUCUGCAGGGCCCGUUGUCAAAAACGGCAGACAGAAGGCCCUGAGGACCGGCGGCCCACGUGGGGUUUUCUUUGACUCAUCAGCAGAGUUGCUGUCAGCACUGAGUCAAGAAGAGAGGGAGCUACUUGAGACCAUCACAGAGAAGGGCUACCCUUUACGCACAGCUAUUCUGGCUCUGCAGAAGACAGGCUAUCACAGCCCAGAGAAGAUCCUGAAGUACCUGGUAGCCAGCGACCGUCUGUGUCAGCUGGGUUAUGAUGAAGCACAGGUGGAAGAGGCCUUGGAAAUGUUUCAGAACUGUGAGAGCAAGGCUGCAGAGUUCCUGCGUCUACUGACUCAGUUUAAUGAGAUGGGUUUCCAGCAAAGUGCAAUCAAAGAAGUGCUGCUUGUUCAUGAAAAUCACCGCGAGAGGGCUCUUGAAGAACUCAUGACACGCAUGGCUUAAAGAGAAUAUCUUCACAUUUCUAGUCUGCAUGGAGGAUGAUUUUCUACAAUAUGUGAAAUGUACUCGUGUGUAUGUAAUAAGAUACAGUAUAUGAUCAAAAUAUAAUAUUUAACGGAUUCUGCCUUCUGACUUGGACUCAGUUAAAGGAAUACUUCACCCACAAAAGGACCAUUUGUAUAUCAAUUACUCAUCUUGUGUUAGGGCAAGGAGCUCCCAUUUUCAGCCAGUUAGGGGGUGAUCACAGAAAUGAGACACUAGAGACGCGGACACUUCAAAGACGCUUGAAACGCUGGAAGCGCUUAUUCAAUGCGCGCUAGCUACUGGUGUCUGACGCUCAAAAAGUAUAGAAAAUAUUUUAACUUUUCAGCAUCUUCGUGUGUCUAAAAACGCACGUCUACAAAAACGUGUCUCUAAAAAGAUGCUGGAAAAACGCCCAUCUAAAAAGAUGUUUGAAUGCCGGUCAGACGCGCCGUAUCAUAGGAAAACAAUGGUUUAACUGGCGUCGUAUUUCAUCUCAGUGUGAUCACUCCCUUAUUUGAGUUAGCUGCUAACUGCUAUAAGCUUAAGUUUUCACCCAUGCCGCACAUGAUCCCGUCCUGCCGGUUGUCCCAUUGUACCUUUUAUACAGAAUGACGAGGUGGAACAGCAGCAUGAAAUUCCCACCUUGACGAGGCAGUGUAAAAGGGGCUAUUGAAUACAA